AUGGGUAGGAUUGCUAAAGAAGUGUCCGGACAGACCAUGUGCUUCAUUGGUUUUGUUGGCCUAUGCAUCUGUUGUGGUAUUCCCAUGUGGCGUGUCACUUCGUACAUUGGUGCAAACAUCGUCACAGGUCAGAUCGUCUGGGAUGGAUUGUGGAUGAACUGCGUAAUGCAGAGCACAGGACAGAUGCAAUGUAAAGUUCAAGACUCAAUCAUGAGACAGACAAAGGACCUGCAAGCAGCAGGUGCACUGAUCGUCAUCGCAAUACUGGUCAGCUUCGUUGGGAUGCUUUUGACAUUUGUUGGAGGGCAGUGCAGUAGUUGCCUGAAAAAUGAAUCCUCCAUGGCCAAAGUGCUGAUCCUGGGGGGCAUUCUCUGCAUCUUAGCUGGAGUCAUUGGCCUAAUCCCAGUCUGGAGCUACACCAUCUCCGAUUUCCAGAAUGUUCUCACCAUCGAGACCCAGAAGAGAGAGCUCGGAGCAUCCAUAUAUAUUGGCUGGAGCUCCUCUGGGUUUCUUCUGUUUGGAGGGAUCAUUCUGUGUACUUCCUGUCCACCAAGACAAGAUGUGUACCCGAAUUACCCAGGCAUGUACCCCUACCAAGGACCUAUGUAUGGCCCUCCUGGAUCUUAUAUGCCUGCCAAAACAUACGCACCUAGUGCUGUAUAUACUGCAACAGGGACAUACGUUCCUAACAAACCUUAUCCAGCCCCGGGCGCUUACACAACUGUCCCAGGACAAUAUCUUUAA